ACGUUGUUACCAACUGCCACGGCCAGGAAACUAAAACUGCGAAACGGCAAAUCUAGUCAGAUAAUUGGUUACAACAUGUGUAUGACGUCAAAUACGGGUAUACGUCCGAACGCGGACGUUUAUGUAUUUCAUUGUGGUCCUUCCCUCAUAAUUUGUCUUUCGCGAUAUGGCGGCUCUGUCCCCCCGAACCGAUUGUGCAUUGCCCUGCGCGCCUGUGGGUCCUUUUAAUUCAUGGAUUCAUGAAUUAGAUCGGUAAACUCUACGCAUCUUUUGGUAAUGUCCAUCGUAUCACUAUUGUAAUGUCGUUUCAGUGAAUUGUACAUAUAUAGGCCAGGGCCUCUAUGAAAAAUGGUGCCAAAAUUGAUACCUAAAGUCUGAUGUGGAUUCUGGUAGUGUUAGCAUGUAGAACGAAAGCCUAUGUGUGAGAAACUCGAGUUGUGGAUCGAGUCGCCACGACACUUCUGUAAGCUCUAAGAGGUCCCCAAGGUACCUUUUAUUAAAAGAGUGGCCACUUUAAUCAGUAACAUUUAAUUCUCAACCAUUUCCCGGUUCGCCAACAUUUUUUACGAUUAAAGUGAAACAAUUCAAACGCAUAAAGCUGAAAGAUUCCGUUUAAAACAGAUUCUACUUACAGGAUUCAAGGAACAUCGUACGUAUCGUACUCAGUGAAGUUGUGAAAUUAUUAUUGUUCGUUGUUCUGACCUUACUUCAUCCAUAUUUUGGACAUACUGAUAUGUUUCAAAUACGAAUAGAUCUAGGCUGAAAGACAAAGGGAUUAUCUCCACAGGGAAAGUAGCAUCGAGGGCCUGGAGCAACUUCGAACCCAGUGAGGGAUAGGUUUACUGCACACUGGAAGAGAAAAGGUACACAGGUAGCCGUGGAGAAAAUUAUGGCUGCCUCUACUAGUGUAGUCAGAAAGACGUGAUCGGAAGAUGAUGUGCAUAAUAAAUAAGGCGAGAGUCGUUUAUGCGCAAAUGUAUCUUUCUAAGUUCUACAAUUGGAAAAACAGCAUACCGCUGAAAAUGUAUUAAUUUCGUCGUGGAAUUCGAAAUGGCCGCAAACAGAUCAACAUUACUUAACCUAUUAUUCAUAUUCAACAAACACGGAAAAUCGCUUUUCAAGGACGUUUUUGAUGAAAAACUUUUGCAAAAUAAAUCGACGAAACCCACGGGUUCUUAGAAGGCAUGCGCGCUCAUCAUGUUCAUCCAUCGACACGGGCUACAAGCGCCGUUGACCAUACGCUUCUUCGGCGUUACGUUUCUUCUGCUAGUGGUUUUUGGCAGCUUCGAUGUGUCUGCUGAUCUCACCUCCGAAUUCGUCAAAGGAAAAAUUUGUAUCGGAACGAAUGGUCGUCUAUCUGUGCCCUCCAAUAAACAACACCACUACCGGAACCUUCGAGACCGGUAUACCAAUUGUACUUAUGUUGACGGUAAUUUGGAGAUCACAUGGCUCCAAAACGAAACCCUCGACCUCAGUUUCCUCCAGUAUAUCCGAGAAGUCACCGGGUAUGUCCUUAUCAGUCAUGUCGAUGUGCGCAGGAUCGUUUUACCAAGGUUGCAGAUCAUUCGGGGCAGAACCGUAUUCAAAUUCCAAUACGUUGAGACCAAGUAUUCUCUCCUCGUUACAAUGUCUCAAAUGUAUAACCUGGAGAUGCCUGCACUCAGAGAUAUUCUUAACGGGAGCGUCGGUAUUUUAAACAACUACAAUCUUUGUCAUAUUAAGACAAUUAAUUGGGACGAGAUAAUCACAGGAUCGGCCGGAAAGUAUGAAUAUGUUUACAAUUUCACAUCACCUGAGAGAGUAUGUUCCGAAUGCGAUAAAAGCUGUGAGCAGGGCUGUUGGGGAGAAGGUCCAGAAAACUGUCAACAAUUUUCAAAAAUGAACUGUUCACCACAAUGCUGGCAGGGUAGAUGUUUCGGAUCAAAUCCCCGAGAAUGUUGCCAUCUAUUUUGCGCAGGCGGUUGUCGCGGACCAAAACAAAGUGACUGUCUUGCUUGCAAGAACUUUUUUGAUGAUGGCGUAUGCACGCAGGAAUGUCCACCUAUGCAAAAAUAUAAUCCAACAACGUAUUCCUGGGAAGCUAAUCCGGAUGGAAAAUAUGCGUAUGGUGCCACCUGUGUACGGAAAUGUCCUGAACAUCUUUUAAAAGAUAACGGUGCUUGCGUAAGAUCGUGUCCACCCAAGAAGAAGGCUUUGAAUGGGGAAUGCGUUCCCUGUGAUGGGCCUUGUCCGAAGAUAUGUCAAGGCGUUGACAAACUUCAUUCGGGCAAUAUUGACAGCUUCAAAGAUUGCACUAUGAUUGAGGGUUCGAUCACAAUUUUGGAUCAAAGUUUUUUAGGCUAUCAGGAUAUAUCAUCCGAUUUUAUAUUUGGACCCAGAUAUACAGCCAUGCAUCCUGAAAAACUGGAAGUUUUCAGUACCUUGAAGGAAAUAACUGGGUUCUUAAACAUCCAGGCUGCUAAUGAAAACUUUACUUCUCUUCCAUACUUUAGAAAUUUAGAAGUAAUUGGUGGUAGAGUGCUCACGGAGUAUUUCUCUUCGCUUUACGUAGUAAAAACCACCUUGGUUUCCAUGGAUCUCAGAUCCUUGAAAAAAGUCUCGUCAGGUACGAUCGCUAUAUUGGAAAAUAAAAAUCUCUGUUAUGCUCAAAGUAUAAAUUGGAAAAAGCUUAAAAAAUCUCCAGAGCAUGAGAUUUUAAUGCAGAACAACAAAGAUGAAAGCGAAUGCAUACAAGAAGGUUUAAUUUGCGAUGAACAAUGUUCAGAGGGGUGCUGGGGCGCUGGUCCAGAGCAGUGUCUUUCUUGCAAGAGCUUCAAGCUUGGAAAUGUCUGUGUUGAAAAUUGCAACAUAAUACCUGGCAUCUAUCAAGCGGAUUUAAAAAUUUGCAAACCAUGCCACGAAGAGUGUAAUGGUACGUGCACAGGACCAAAUGCUGAACACUGUGACAAGUGUAAACAUGUACGAGAUGGUCCGUUCUGUGUUCCGGAAUGUCCGUUAUCAAAAUACAGUGCCAACGGACAGUGUAGAAACUGCCACAGUAACUGUGUGGGUGGUUGUGAAGGACCAGAAAAUAAUAUUGGACCGUAUGGAUGUCACAGUUGUGAAAAAGCUAUUAUGAAUGGCGGCCUACCCGAAGUUUGCUUGCAGAAAGCUGAAUCAUGCCCUGACGGUUAUUUUUACGAAUGGAUUAGCCCACAAGAGCAAGGACUUCUAAAACCACUUGCUGGAAAAGCAGUUUGUCGAAAAUGUCACUCUCGUUGCAAAAGGUGUACAAAUUACGGAAUCCACGAGCAGGUGUGUCAAGAAUGUGUUAGAUAUAAAAAGGGCGAGCAAUGCGAGGACGAAUGUCCAUCGGAUCAUUACGUUAAACUAGACACACAGUUGUGUUUACCCUGUCACGGAGAAUGCCGUGAGUGUUUUGGACGGGGAGAAAAUGAAUGUUACAGAUGUCGAAAUUUCAAAAUAUUUGCUGAAGGUGAUCCAGUAGAUAAUACUACAGCUUUUAAUUGUACCGAGAUAUGUCCCCCAGACUAUUACAAAAUAUUUCCAGAAGACAAUUCAUUUAUUAAUGAACCAUUUUGCUCUUUAACGCCUGCAGCUGUAUAUAAAGAAGAUGAAUUUAAUACAUUUGUAAUAGCUGGCACUGUUGUGAGCGUUUCAGUAUUCUUCUUCUUAAUAGGAUUUACGAUAUACAUCAAAUGUAGGCGAAUGAAAAAUAAAGAGAAUACUGUUAAAAUGACGAUGGCUUUAGCAGGCUUGGAUGACAACGAACCUUUGAGACCAACUGGAUUAAAACCAAAUCUUGCUAAACUUCGUAUUAUUAAGGAAGAAGAAAUGAGAAAAGGUGGUAUCCUAGGAUAUGGUGCUUUCGGUAAUGUGUACAAGGGUGUAUGGGUGCCAGAAGGAGAGAAUAUAAAAAUUCCAGUUGCGAUCAAAGUACUUCAUGAAGGUACUAAUGUUAAUACGUCAAAAGAGUUUCUUGACGAAGCUUAUAUUAUGGCCACUGUCGAUCAUCCCAAUCUUCUACAGCUUUUAGCAGUCUGUAUGACUUCGCAAAUGAUGUUAGUUACGCAGUUAAUGCCUCUCGGUUGUCUGCUGGAUUUUGUGCGUAAUAAUAAAGAUAGGAUUGGAUCAAAGCCAAUGUUGAAUUGGUGCACUCAAAUCGCAAAAGGUAUGGCAUAUCUGGAAGAGCGAAGACUUGUCCAUCGCGAUCUCGCCGCCAGAAAUGUUCUUGUGCAAACUAGUACCUGCGUUAAGAUAACCGACUUUGGUCUGGCUAAAUUAUUAGAUAUUAACGAAGAACAAUACAAAGCAGCCGGUGGAAAAAUGCCGAUUAAAUGGUUAGCUUUGGAAUGUAUUCAACACCGGGUUUUUACUCAUAAAUCUGACGUUUGGGCGUUUGGAGUUACUAUUUGGGAAGUUCUUACCUAUGGAGGAAGGCCGUACGAGAAUAUUGCUGCAAGAAAUGUCCCGGAGUUAUUGGAGAAGGGUGAAAGACUACCUCAACCACCUAUUUGCACGAUCGAUGUUUACAUGAUCAUGGUCAAAUGCUGGAUGCUUGACGCGGAAUCUAGGCCCUGCUUCAAGGAGUUAGCUGAAGAGUUUGCUAAAAUGUCGAGAGAUCCAGGCCGGUAUCUUGCAAUAAAAGGAGACAAAUACAUGAGACUACCUUCGUAUGCAUCACAAGCCGAAAAAGAUAUGAUACCAAACCUUGCGACUGGAAUGGAUGGUUUGGAGUCGCUCAUGGAUGCUGACGAGUACCUGCAGCCAAAGUCAAGAGCACCCUUACCUCCUGGUAUUUUAACUACAAGUGCUUCUGGAUCUCCGCCAAACGUGCCCGUGAAAACUUCCUGGCCAAAUGGAAUUUUGCUUGAUACUGAUUCACCAACACCUCAAAAUCAACAAAAUUGGGAUAGAGAACUUUUGAGGUAUAAUGCAUCUAAUGGAAACGUAAGUACAUUUCACGAGCUAGAAGUUUCUGAGCAACGUGGGCAUUAUGUGCACGCCAAUGGACAUUGUGGUCCAAUGAUUUCCGACAGCUACGGCUCUAGAUAUUGUUCUGAACCACUGAGAAUAGUCGACGUGAGAGAUUGCGACGUAACGGACGACUGCUUUCUCUCCGAAGUAGGUUCACUGCAUCAACAAGCCCAUGUGGGUAAUAUAAAGUUGGAUCUUCCUGUUGAUGAGGACGACUACUUGAUGCCGUCACCACAGAUUUCUUCGACAACGACACAGUACAUGGAUCUCAUUGGGGAUACCAAAUCCGCAGAGCCAGAAACAAAGCAAUUGACUACUGGAUACCGAAAAUAUCCUGACUUCCUUAUUGUAUCUGGCAAGACAUCACUGGAUAAUCCAGAGUAUAUUAUGUCACAAGAUAAAGAAACAAUCACACCGCAACCUCUGGGAAUCCCUGCACCUGAUCUCGAAAAGGUUUUGACGAGUGGAGCGUUUGGCUCCCAAGCGAGACAGAGGAACUCAGAAGAAGAAUCCGAUCACGAAUAUUACAAUGACUUCGAUCGGCUUCAACGCGAACUACAACCCUUAAAGCCACUUCAAAAAAAUGAAACAACAGUGCAGUUUAUUCAUGGUUACGUUCCAGUACUUAUAGGACGCAAUGUGCAAGUAUCGUCUUUGUUUGUGAUUAAGAUUCUUAAGAAGGGAAAGUAUAUUUGAAGGGAAAGUAGGCAAUUUAAAGGAAGAAAAUAUGACGUAUGAACAAAAGGAAUCAAAACUCCGGGUUCCGCCUUCGACCAAUAAAGUAAAUUAUAGUUCAAAUAAAUAUAAUGUGCCAUUUCACAUGUGGCCUGUAAAUAGUUGUAAUAGAUAUGUUUUACUAAGGUCUGCAUUUUAAUAGGAAUUUAUUUUAUUAUAUAAUUAUUUUACACAUUUUCAUUUUUAUAAAAAAAAACGUAUAUUUUAAUUGUAUAUUAUAAAAUCUUAUUUAAAAAUGACAGGUUAGGUACAACACCGGUGACCUUGCAUUAUUAGAAGUUAUUUAUUUUUUAUUUAUUGUAUCCAUAACUUCAUGCAGAACAAAUGAAAAACAAGUGACUUCUUAAAAUUCAAUAACACCGUUUUUGCAGCGAACCUGUCAAUUGAAUGACACGAUUUUCAAGAUCUAAUAUGAAGACAAACGUUUUGCGCGGGAAGCUUACAAAUAGCAAGAAAACAAAGAAUGGGAUUUGAAAUUGAUUAUUUUUCGUUCCAGAGUUAUAGAUUUUUUUUUUUAUUUUGCACGCCUCUGUGUGCAAUAUAGUGCGGCCCGCCGCUGACUGUGAUAAAAUAUAUAUUUUCGUCCACGAACAAAUGAAUAUACGAUUGUAAUUACCAUAGCCUCUUGCAGCGUAAGAAAGUUCAAUUAUUCUAAUUUACUGUAAGCUUUAAGUAGCAGUGAAGAGGAAGACUUUAUAUUGGAAACCGCUCAGGUCGAAUACGCCACCUGGUGAUAAGAUGACGAAGUUUUCUAUUCGGUUAAGUUUCUACUAGUAAACACGUUAGAGAUACCCGGACAAGACAUAUAUUCAAAAAUAAGAAUUUUUUCUAUCAUUUCGCGUAAUUCUAGUGUUUUUCAAAGUCAAUAUUGAAAGUGAAAUGCGUUUUGAAUCAAAAGCUACUAAAAGUAACGCUUUCUGCUGUGCAUAUUCUAAAGAUAAAAGAAAUAAUAAUUUAAGCUCAUUUAUUAUAUAAUACCCAGGAAAAAAAAGAAGCGAUAGAAAGCGAGUCGGUUUGAAUUGCGUAUCUGUCAUUUGCAGAUUAAAAUAAUGAAAAUGUAAUCGGUUGGCCACAGUUUUAAUCGUACACCUGUGCGCGAUGGUUUAAAUCUGCCAUUCCACAUUCGUCCAAAUGUGAAGU